GCAAGGAGAGCAGUAGAGUUUGGCUCGGUGUAGUGGCGAUCAUCAACCGGCAAUGGAGUCAACAGAUGUACCAGAGUGUCCAGUUUGCUUGCAAACCUAUGACGGAGAGUGUACAAUUCCACGCGUACUCGCCUGCGGACAUACAACCUGUGAGUCAUGCCUUAAAAGCUUACCUCAAAAGUAUCCUCAAACUAUUCGCUGCCCGGCGUGUGUUCAACUCGUCAAGUUUCCAUCUCAAGGCCCCUCUUCUCUACCCAAAAAUAUUGACCUUCUUAGACUCGUCCCCUCUUCUUCUCAGUUUCAGAAUCCCCAGAAAACCGAGAAGAAGUUACAGAAUUGCGUUCAAGACCUUCAUCAUUACGUUGACUGUGGUUCUCGUUUAUGGCCUGAUGAGUUUUAUGCCACUUGGAAGAAUUGGGUUCUCCCGGAAGACGCCGUCUUGAUUGAGGAGAAAGAGAAAGGGUUCGGAUUUUUAAAGAAGGGUAAUCAAAAGGUGAGACUUGUUAAGGUUGUUGAUGGUUUGUUACUUGUUAAUGGGUGUGGGUCUGUUUUUCAGUUGACUUAUGGAGCUAGGAUUAUGAAUUUUUUGUGUUGGAUGAAACAGGAGGUAAGAGAGGAAGUGGGUUUGAUUUUGAAAAUAUGUUCAGAACAGUUUAGAAUUUGUAAAGUUUACGGCUUGUGGCCUGAUUUGGAAGAUGGUUUUUUGUACUUAGUUUGUGAGAGAUUGAAUUUGACUGUUUUGGAUCAGUUGUCCCACUUUAAAAAUGGUUUAAGCAAUGAUGGUUUGUCUAGUUUCUCAAUGAUGGGUAUGGAAAUGUGUGAAGCUGUAUAUGCUUCACAUUGGGAAGGAUUAUUUAUGGGUUGUUUAAGUCUUUCUUGCUUCGAAUUGGAUGAUUUUGGACAUGUGAAUCUGAAUUUGAGUGAGGUUUUAGUAACUGGAAGGGUAGUUCAUGAGUGUGUCAUAAAAGCUGGUUGUUGUGGGAAAGGGAUUGGUGUUAAAGAAAUUGGAGAAUUGGUAAGUGAAUUUUUUAGAAGAGAAAUCUUUGUCAGUCCAGAGGUGUUGUUUGAGAUAUUGAAGAAAGAGGGCAUAGAUGCAGAAUGUGAUAACUUCAGAUAUCAGGUCGUGCAUAGCUCAGAUGUUUGGUCAUUGGCUUGCAUUUUUCUUAGACUUGUUAUUGGGAAUCAAUUUGUCGAAGAGCUAGUUGAUUAUGUGGAUAAUUUCAUUUCAAAAGUAAGUGAAGAGAAUGGUUUGAAUUGUUUAGGUCUUUACGUGGGUUUGACAGAGAAAGUAAAUUCUCUAUUGGGAAGUAAAUUAGGAGAGGAAUUUGAACCAUUGCAGCAGAUUCUACGCAAGUGUUUGAAUUUUGAUCCAGCGAGUCGUCCACUUGUGAUUAAUGUGUGGAAAUGUGUUAGAGAGUUAAUUAUUGGAAAUCAGUUUGAUACCAUGCUUAGAUUGGAUGGGUCUAUUCAUGAUUGGAGCAAGGAACAUUACUUGGUUCUUGGUGAAUUGUCUCUUGUGCCUAAGAAAAGAUCACAAGUACUAAAUAAAGUUGAGGUGGUGAGAGCAGGAAGCAGCAUUGGAGGAAACCUAGUUCAAGUUGAAGAGGUGAGGACUGAUAAACAUUUAGUUGAGGGCCUAUUGGAGGGAAAAGUUGAAUCGAGAGAUAUGCGGGGCCAUCUUGACUGUGUUACAGCAUUAGCCAUUGGAGGAGGAUUUUUGUUUAGCUCCUCAUUUGAUAAGUCAGUUCUCGUCUGGUCCUUGCAGGAUUUCUCCCAUGUACACACAUUUAAAGGUCAUGAAGAUAAAGUUAUGGCUCUUGUUUAUGUUGACGAAGAACAACCUUUAUGCAUAAGUGGUGAUAGUGGAGGUGGCAUAUUUCUUUGGAGUGUUACUCUGCCUCUUAGGAAAGAACCAUUAAAGAGAUGGUAUGAGCAAAAAGAUUGGCGAUAUAGUGGCAUUCAUGCCUUGACCACGGUAGGAAAUGGAUAUCUUUAUACUGGAAGUGGAGAUAGGUCAGUCAAAGCAUGGUCAUUGCAGGAUGGCAUUCUAUCAAGCACUAUGAAUGGUCAUAAAUCGGUAGUUUCCACAUUGGCAGCAUGUGAUGGGGUUCUCUAUAGUGGGAGUUGGGAUGGAACCAUUCGACUAUGGAGUCUAAGUGAUCAUAGUCUUUUAACGGUGUUAGGUGAAGACAUACCAGGAACUGUGACCUCUGUCUUGUCCAUUAUUAUUCGCCAGAAUACACUUGUUGCAGCACAUGAAAGUGGACAUAUAAAGGUAUGGAGGAAUGAUAGGUUUAUGAAAUCCAUGCAACUCCAUAGUGGUGCAGUAUUUGCUAUUGAUAUGGAAGGAGGAUGCCUGUUUACUGGAGGUUGGGACAAAACUAUCAAAGUACAGGAAUUGUCAGGAGAUGAAUUUCAAGUAGAUGUCAGAUCCAUUGGAUCAAUCCCUGGCAGUUCUGUUGUAACGUCCUUGUUAUACCGGCAAGGAAAGCUUUUUGUUGGUCAUGGUGAUAGGACCAUCAAGGUCUAUUACUAUGGAGUGUGACCAAAAUCUGACCAGGUAACAACUAUUCUAUUUUCUUGUUAGCUCAAUCAAAAGCGAGGUGCUCCUGGUUGGUAUUAAUAUCAUAAUAUGAAAUCAUUCCAUCUUUGUUUGACUGACAACAAUAUUUCCAGCAGUGAUGAAACUCUUACUUUGGAGUAUGUAGUUGUGUCCCAACCCUGGCCCGUGUAAACAACUGGGCGGGGCUGGUUCUAACCACAUGUCUUGAAAGUUUUCAGGCUCUUACCUACAAUUUAAACUAGAAUUCAUUUUCGAACGUAGGAUCGUGGAAUUACAAAUUGACAUUAUGGUGUGCCUGACAGAAAUCUUGCUGCAUGAUACCAACUGCUGAAAUGAAGCAGAAUGCAACAAAUCUUGAAUCCUAGAAUCAGAACUGUGUACAGUCUUCUGUAGAUAAGUAAUGCUGAUGUACAUAUAUAUAUAAACCAUAUUGAUUUAGUAAUAUGUGAUUGGUGAUCCUUGUACAUGGGAUUUGAAACUUUUUGUUCUUGCUUUGUUGUCCUGCUUUACAUUAAUCUAUUGUUCAAUACAAGAUGUGACUCUUUAAUAUUAAAA